UUGCAUUGUUAAAACGUAUCGUCAACUAAAUUAUCAACAGUCUAGUAAUAGUAAAAUAGAAAUUAUCCGUAAAAUGAUUAAGAAACUAAUAACAUAUCAUGAAAGCUUUGAAAAAUCAUACAAUAAAUAUAUAAAAUUGCAUAAACAUAUUCAUACGUCUUGUGUCAAUAAUAUGGAGUUAUUUAAACAAUAUUGUUUGAAAGAAAUUAAAACAAUUUUCAACCUUACACAUACUGAAACAGAUAUAUUAAUUUUAUUGAACAGAAUUAAAGAUACGUUUGAUCAAUUAUUAGUAUGCCGUAAGAACAAAUCGUAUAAUGGCCCACCUAAUAUUUUCUUAAAUUUACAUAAUGGUAAGCAAAUCGUAUCAAGAUGUCAAAUUCAAACAAGAAACUUUUUAUUCUCCAAAGUUUCAGAAUGUAAAGGAAAAUUUUGUAGACGAAUUCGACCUUGGUUUUUGUCAACUGAAAUAAAAAAAAAUGUAUUUGAUGGAAUUAUGGAAACUUUAUUUUGGAUAGGACCAUACGAGGAUUUUAAUGUGGGAUUAAGACAAAUUCCUGGAUUUUUGUAUAAUGAUUUUAAUGAUCAGCCAUGCUCAGAAUAUAAUUACAAAUUAUAUGAAAAAACAUUCUUACAACUCAAAGCACAUAUAAGUCAAGCUGCUCUCACUGAAAAAUGUUACAAAAAGUACAGUCAAUUAAAUUUGAUGGCACGAAUAAUUUUUAACGGGCAUUCUAUGACAACUAAUGUGAUCAAUUCAAAUGAAUCGACAUCUUGGAAUAUAUCGGUUUUGUUUAAACCAAGUUUGUUUACGUGGUAUGGAGAUACAAAUAAAAGUACACCAAUAUAUGUAAUUAUUCAAUUAUGUCACGUAAGCAUAGAAAAGAAUAAAUUAAUAGAAGAUGUUAUCGCCUUUACUGUUAUUAACAUAAAAGAAAUUAAUAAUUCUUCACUUAGAACAUUAAACUGGUAUAACAUCGUGGAUGGUUUAGAAAAAAUUGGUAAAAUGUUCAUUGGAGUCGAAAUUACACAAAUUAUAUCUAAUGAAUUAUCAGAAACCGAUGGAAAUUUGAACGUACCCUUAUUAAAAUAUGUACAACCCAAACUUUGUGUUUAUAAAUUAUUUGUACUAUUUUGGGGAUUGCGCCAAUUUAACAUUCAUUUACAUGAACCAUUUGUCCGAUUGUUAUGCUCGAGUUUAUCGAUUGAUUCUGAUAUAAUUAAAAAUUUUAACUCUUUUCCUAAUUUUCCAGACAUAGAUAAUAAAAAAUAUGUUUUCAAUUUAGAAUUACCUGAAGAUCCAAACCUUAUACCCCCUAUAAGUUUUCAACUUUUUACCAAGUAUGUUAUAAAAAAUUCUUAUACUCCACUUGGAAUAUGUGUUUCUCAACCCUUAAACGAAUUUUUAGUUCCUACUAUAUCAAAAACUCAAUGGAAUGAACAACCAGGCCAUACAAUUUUAGAAAUAGAAGAUGACAACGACAAAGAGGAAAAAAAAGAAAAAAUUAAAAAAAUUAAAAAAACACACACAUCAAAAGUUAAUUUAAAAUUUAAUUGCAAUUAUUUAAAACAAAAAUUUGACAUUAUUAUUCCAAUUGCCUUAAAAAAUAUUUUUUGGUGGAUUAUUGAACACGUAACAUUUAUUUUAACAUUAUUGUACAACACUAUGUGUUAUAUACUUCCGUGUUUAAAUGACUUUACCUAUUGGAUUUCAAACAAUUUAAAAAAUUAUAUUAGUUAUAUUGGAAAUAAAUAUAUUCCUUUGAUUGAUGACGAACUCGAAGAAGACGAAAAAGAAUUUAACUGGUGGACAAAAUACUACGGAUUUAAAUAUCAAAAGAAUACAUUUCGAGGGAACACACAUGUAAGUGUAUCAAACAUUCCGAGCGGAAUUCUCCUAAAUAAAUCUUAUACCCCUAAAUAUUAUUCAAAAACUAAAUCAACAACAAUACAUAUAUACGAUCGUGAACUAGAAAGCAUUCCAGAAUUUAAUGGAUUUGAAGAUAAUUUAAAAAAAUUCAAACUCUAUGAAUUGGAUAAAAAAAAUGAAAAGACAGAAGUUAUUGGUACAUUAAAAGGUAACGUGAAUUUGUAUCCUAUACAAGUUGAUAAUGGGGAACAAGGAAUUCAAGAAUUAUUAUUUUCUAAUUCGACAUCUCAAAUAUGGCCAGGAUUAAAAUCGAAUGAUAAAUGCAAAUUGGUUGUGCGUGUUUAUAUAUUGAGAGCAAAUAACUUACAUCCUGGUGAUAUAAGUGGAUUAUCAGAUUCAUAUAUAGAAAUUGUUUUAGGGAAAUCUAUUCGAAUUACAGAUAGCAACAAUUACAUUCCUAAAACAUUAAAUCCCGUGUUUGGCAAGUGUUAUGAAAGAGAAAUAUCAUUUCCAAAAUGUUCUAUGUUAAAAGUUAGAAUUAUGGAUUACGAUAGAAUUGGAAGAGAUGAAUUGAUUGGUGAGACGACAAUUGAUAUUGAAUCAAGAUAUUUCAGUAAACAUAGAGCUCACUGUGGACUACCAAAGCAAUAUAACAAGGAUGGAUACAAUCGCUGGAGAGAUAGUGAAAAACCUUCGAAAAUUUUGCAUAAAUUAUGUUCGUUAUAUUCAUUGAAACAUCCUAUAUAUACGACGGAUGGUGUUACAAUUGGUUCUAAGACAUUUCAUGUUCGCAGUGAAAAUACUGAUACCGAUAGACAAUCAUUAGCAUUGUUUGUGCUAAACCAUUGGCAAGAGAUGCCGGGUUUUGGUUAUCAUUUAGUACCCGAAUAUGUAGAAACUAGAACGUUAUAUCAUCCAGAUAUGCCUAAUUUACACCAAGGCACAUUAGAAAUGUGGAUUGACAUGUUUUCUAAAGAUGGUAAUAUUCCGGAAAUGGUAGAUAUUAAACCACCAAUUGUUGAAUUGUACGAACUUCGUGUAGUUAUUUGGACAGUCACUGAAGUAAAACUUGUAGACAACAACUUUUUUACAAAAGAAAAACACAGUGAUAUUUAUAUCAAAGGGUGGUUACCUGGUGUCGAAAAACAGUCUACAGACGUUCAUUACCGUUCAUUGAAUGGCGAAGGAUUAUUCAAUUGGCGAUUGAAAUUCUUAUUCCCUUACAAUAAAACGGAAAACAUUAUUGUUUACAGAGAAAAAAAUAUUUUCGGUUUCCACAAUGAAGAACAACAAUUUACUCCAAAAUUACAUCUUGAAAUUUGGGAUAACGAUCAGUUAUCACCAGAUUCCUAUAUAGGUUCUUUGACUUUGAACUUAAGGAAUAUGCCUCGUGGUGCAAAAUCAUCGUGGAUAAGUAACUUAUCCAAAAAGUCCCGAAUAAACUUAUUUAAAGUAAAAAAAACAAGUGGCUGGUGGCCGUUCAUUUUCACGGAAAACAAUAAAAAUACUGUUGUAGGUAAAGUUAAUGCCGAUAUUCAAAUAAUGACCAAGGAAGAAGCGGAUAAAUUACCAGCUGGAUUUGGUAGAGAUGGUCCCCAACCUUUGACCGUACCAAAGAGACCUUCAAUUCAUUACUUACAAACAAUUAUAGAUCCAUUUAGAUUUAUAUUCCGAAGUUUAUUCGUGGCUAACAAAACAAAAUUUUUAAUUGGUUUAUUAGUCGUUUUUGUAAUAUUGUUUUUUCUCAUGUUGAUUUAUGCGAUUCCAGGAAACAUAAUAAGAAUAAUAUUUGAUAAGUUCUUUAAAAAAUAAUCAUGAUGUUAUUAUUAUUAUUAUUAUUAUUUUUUAUGUACACAUAUAUUAUAUAAUAUAGAUAAAAUAAAUGUGUUAAAUUAAAUA